AUGGUUGCCGGGAAGAGUAAGGACGUUAAUGUUGAGGCACUGACGAGGGUGGUGGCUGCGAUAGGACAAGCACCGCACAUGGAUGCUGGUAUUAGAGGAGAGGAUGAGUUACGUGCUUUUGGAGACUUCCGAAAGAUUAAUCCGCCAAUUUUUGAAGGAGGAUAUGGACCGGAUAAGAAGGUACGGUUCGGUACUCACAUGUUAAUGAAAGGAGCUGAGGAUUGGUGGGGUAAUACCAGGCAGAGGUUUGAUGAAGAAGGCACUGAAAUUACUUGGACACUUUUCCGUAGGGUAUUCUUGAAGAACUAUUUUCUAGAAGAUGUGCGUGGAAAGAAAGGAGUGAGAUUUCCAAAGUUGAAACGAGAAGAAGGACGAUACCGUGGGAAACCUUAUGAUGGUAGGAAGGAGCAGGAAUCUGGUUCUGGCAAGAAAACAAGUGGGGGAGACACUCCUGCUAAAGUUGUGUGUUUCAAAUGUGGACAAGCUGGUCAUAAUUUAUUUGUUGAGGCCGUUGUGCCAGGAGAACUAAUAAGCUGUUUUGAAUUCCGCUGCAGUAUUAGAAAUUCUAUUUUAAUGAAAAACUUUUAA